GGUGCGGCCCCCGGACACAGCUGAGCUCCUCCACGGGUCCGCCCCACGCAGGCCACGGGGAAAAGGUGAACGGAGCGAAACUCCUGGGGUCACAGGAGCGGGUGACCCGGGGUCUGCGGCUGACCUCCUCCUCCUCACGACACCGAAGGCCAAGGACAUCGGAGCAAGGACCUUCACCCAAAUAUGCAGGAAGUCGCAGGCCCAGCAGUGCUCACGGCCUCACCGAGGCCUCAGUAGACUCUCGGCGCUGGGAUGUGGCCCCGCGGCAGGGCCCUUGCCUGGCGGGCACGAGGCCCCGGGAUUGAUCCCCACCACUGCUCGCGCACACACGCGCGCGCACGCGCACACACGCACACACGCGCGCGCGGCUCCAUGCGGUGGUGCGCGCCUAUGAUCCUGGGAGGCCGAGGCAGGAUGGCAAGUCGGCGUCCUUCCUGGGCAGCCCAGCGACACCGUUUCAGCACCCUUUUAAAUAAGGGGAUGUGAUCCGUGUGGAGGCCCCGGGUCUCGCCCCCAGCACGGCGCACACACCCCGCGGCGAGAUGCCGCCGUCCACUUGGUAGAGCGGGAAAGUCGGGGAGUCGGACACUCCCAAGUGCGGGUUCGCAUCCGUGCUGGGGGACGCACACUUUGACGGCUGCUCUCCUCAAAUCUAAACGUGUUCCUACCGCGUGGCCCGCGGCCCCGCCGCCUGGUCGUUAUCCGGAGGGAACCGCCAUGUUGUAUCCAGUAGAGGAGCGGGGAAAUAAACGUUCAGACAACGGAAGACGGUUCAGGGUUAAAAACGCCACACGAAGGCCGGAAGGAACCGAAACGCGAGCGAGAGGAGCCAGCCUGAGCUCCGUGGCCCAGGGCGAGACUGGCCCGCAAGCGGCCUCGCCUCGGAGAGGCCGAUCUGCAGGCGUCGAGGCGAGGCCGAUCUGCAGGCGUCUACACUGAGCCCGGCCGAGGCGCGGCUGCGGGGAGAAGAGGCCUGCGGUGGUUACGGCGCGGAGAGCGCACAGAGCAUGGGGAAGCCGAGGAGCACCGGAUGGGCGCGAUCGGAGCGAGACUAGGCCUAGAAGCCACUCUAACAGCUGCCUGUAGACCCAGGUGCAAAAAUAAAGCAUCAUCAGCCUAAAACCACACAGAGCAAACAUGAACGAUAUUUCCCAAAAGGCUGAGAUUCUGCUUUCUUCAUCUAAACCUGUCCCCAAGUCCUAUGUGCCCAAACUUGGCCAGGGGGACGUAAAGGAUAAGUUUGAAGCCAUGCAGAAGGCCAGGGAAGAAAGAAACCAAAGGCGAUCUAGAGACGAAAAGCAAAGAAGAAAAGAACAGUACAUUAGAGAGAGAGAAUGGAACAGGAGAAAGCAGGAGAUGAAGGCCAUGCUUGCUUCCGACGACGAGGAGGAAGUGUCUUCUAAGGCAGAAAAGGCUUACGUCCCGAAGCUGACGGGGACUGUGAAAGGCAGAUUUGCUGAAAUGGAGAAGCAAAGACAAGAGGAACAAAGGAAGAGGACAGAGGAGGAACGGAGACGCAGGAUGGAGCAGGAUAUGUUAGAGAAGAGGAAAAUACAGCGAGAACUAGCAAAAAGGGCCGAGCAGAUUGAGGACGUAAACAAUACGGCAACUGAAUCAGGAUCCGAGGAAGGAGAUGACUCACUACUAAUAACAGUGGUGCCUGUCAAAUCAUACAAAACAUCUGGAAAAAUGAGGAAUUUUGAGGAUCUAGAAAAAGAACAGGAUGAAAAAGAAAGGCUUACCUGUGAAGAAGAUAAAAUCCGACACGAGGAACAGCGGUGCUCUCUCAAGGAAGCAAAGUGUCUUUCAUUGGUCAUGGAUGAUGAAGUGGAAAAUGAGGCAAAAAAAGAAUCGCCUUUUCCUGGAAAACUGAAAUUGACUUUCGAAGAACUGGAGCAACAGAGACAAGAACUCCGAAAGAAGCAAGCGGAAGAGGAGGCCAGACAGCGUUUAGAGGAAGAGAAGCGAGCCUUUGAGGAAGCCAGGCGGCAGAUGGAAAACGAAGAGGAGGAAAACGAAGACACACAAAGACGUUUUAAAGAGUGCCGCCCUGGAAAACUGAAACUCGGUUUUGAGGAAAUGGAAAGACAGCGGAGAGAAGAGGAGAAGAGGAAAGCAGAAGAGGCGGCCAGGAGGAGAAUAGAGGAGGAGAAGAAGGUGUUUGCCGAAGCCAGGAGGAGCAUGGUAGUAGAUGAUGACUCCCCAGAGAUAUAUAAAACAAUCUCUCAAGAAUCUCUUACACCGGGAAAACUGGAAAUUAAUUUUGAAGAGUUAUUAAAACAAAAAAUGGAAGAAGAAAAACGACGAACAGAAGAGGAACGAAAACAUAAGCUAGAAAUGGAAAAACAGGAAUUUGAACAACUAAGACAAGAAAUGGGAGAGGAAGAGGAAGAAAGUGAAACUUUUGAGCUGAGCAGAGAAUACGAAGAAUUAAUCAAACUGAAAAGAAGUGGCUCUAUUCAAGCUAAAAACCUAAAAAGCAAGUUUGAAAAAAUCGGACAGUUGUCUGAAAGAGAAGUACAGAAAAAGAUAGAAGAGGAGCGAGCGAGGAGGAGAGCAACUGACCUUGAAAUUAAAGAGCGAGAAGCAGAAAACUUCCACGAGGAAGAAGAUGUUGAUGUAAAGCCUGCAAAGAAAAGUGAGGCUCCAUUUACUCAUAAAGUGAAUAUGAAAGCUAGAUUUGAACGAAUGGCUAAAGCAAGAGAAGAGGAAGAACAGAGAAGAAUUGAAGAACAGAAACUACUAAGAAUGCAGUUUGAACAAAAAGAGAUUGAUGCAGCUCUACAGAAGAAAAGGGAAGAGGAGGAAGAGGAGAAGGGCAGCAUCAUGAAUGGCUCCACUACUGAAGAUGAAGAGCAAACAGGAUCAGGAGCUCCAUGGUUCAAGAAGCCACUAAAAAACACGUCAGUUGUAGACAGUGAGCCAGUUCGAUUCACUGUGACGGUAACAGGAGCACCCAAACCAGAAGUCACAUGGUGGUUUGAGGGAGAGAUGCUACAGGACGGGGAAGACUAUCAAUACAUUGAAAGAGGAGAAACGUACUGCCUGUACUUACCAGAAACUUUCCCAGAAGACGGAGGAGAGUAUAUGUGUAAAGCGGUCAAUAAUAAAGGCUCUGCAGCUAGUACCUGCAUUCUUACCAUUGAAACCGACAACUACUAGGCUUACUUCUCCCCUGGGAACUUUCUCUCCCCGCAACUUUCUCACUACUUACUAUAUCCAUCUUUUCUGUGGCGGGGCCGAAAAA